AUGCCAGACGCCAUAGACAAGAGUGUACCCGAUGAACACCGUAUUCACAGUGUCGGUGCAUGGAAAUCACAAGAUAAGAGACAUCAUCACAAGUUUUUGAAUGAUACUGUAGAAUAUGUCGAACAGAAUCCUAAACCUUUACAUCCUUCCUUGAAAGAGUUCAAAGAGAUAGUAGAGGGGAGUACAAGGUUGUCUAUGUUAUUCCAAUUGAUGUUUGAGCAGGUCCCAAAUAACAAAGAAUACCUUAAAGAUCCCACAGGUCAAGAUUCGCAAGUGAGAGAUUUCGACCAUCUCCUUAAACUUAUGAAUCACGUUAUAUCGCAUGCUCCACGAUGGACCGACCCAGGACAUAAAGCUGGAUUAGUAGGUGUACCUGUACAGGCAUUGUUGGAUUGGCCAAUGGGUACUUCAGCUGGGUUUUGUGUUUUCCAAGAUCCGUUGGUUAAUGAACAGCUCAAGAAAAUCCUGGACGUAUGGGGCUCAUACCUCACAUCGCCCGAGUCAGCCGACGUCCUAGGUAAAGGCAAGACCGACUGGUUUGGUCCAACUGGCUUACCAAGCUUGGAGGAGGUGGCCAACAAAGCCGGUGGAACUGAUUUGAAGUUCCACGAAUUAUUCCAAUGCGACCCCAAAGCUGACCAUUACGGAUAUACCUCAUGGGACAACUUCUUUACACGUCAAUUUCACUGGGAAAAUCGUCCAGUAGCUUCUCCAGACGAUCAAAGCGUCGUGGUGAACUCUUGCGAAUCGAAAAUGUACAAGGUGGCGAGGGACGUCAAAGCAAGAGAUAAGUUCUGGGUUAAAGGUCAACCAUAUUCUGUUUUAGAUAUACUCAAUUUCGAUAAAGAUUAUUCGGAGGAGUUUGUGGGAGGAACAAUCUAUCAAGCAUUCUUAAGUGCAUUAAGUUAUCAUAGAUGGCAUUCACCCGUUUCAGGAAAAAUCAAGAAGAUCGUCCAAGUGGAUGGAACUUAUUACAGUGAACCGUUAUUUGUAGACUUCACACAAGAUCAAAAAGCUGAUAUGACGGGUGAAACUACGAGUCAAGAGUAUUUGUCAUGCACGGCAACGCGAGCGAUCAUUUUCAUAGAAGCGGAUAAUCCAAGGAUUGGAUUGAUGGCGUUUGUAGGUAUUGGAAUGACAGAGGUUUCCACUUGUGAUACGACGGUCAAGGAGGGUCAACAUGUAGAGAAAGGAGAGGAACUUGGAAUGUUCCAUUUCGGCGGAUCAACACAUUGUCAGCUAUUUAGGAAAGGAGUGAAAUUAUCGGGUUUCCCAGAAGAGUCGGAUCACAACGUACCUGUGAGAAGUAGAUUGUGUGUGGUAGAAUAG